AUGGCGACGGUGGUGCUGGAAGCCGAGUCGGAGCCGUCUUGCAGCCUCCCCGGGGCCGUCCCCCCCUCGCCCAGCCUGUCUCACCGCUUCCUCGACAGCAAAUUUUAUCUGCUGGUCGUGGUGGGCGAGCUGGUCACCGAGGAGCAUCUGAGGCGAGCCAUAGCCAACAUCGAGCGAGGAAUCCGAUCAUGGGAUACAAAUCUAAUUGAAUGCAACUUGGAUCAAGAACUUAAGCUUUUUGUGUCUCGCCAUUCUGCUCGGUUCUCUCCUGAUGUACGAGGUCAGAAAAUCCUUCACCACCGAAGUGAUGUCUUAGAAACUGUAGUUCUGAUUAACCCUUCAGAUGAAGCUGUCAGCACUGAGGUGCGUUUAAUGAUCACAGAUGCUGCAAGGCACAAGCUCCUGGUACUAACUGGGCAGAGCUUUGAAAAUACUGGCGAGCUUAUUCUCCAGUCAGGAUCUUUCUCAUUUCAAAACUUUAUUGAGAUCUUCACUGACCAAGAGAUUGGAGAAUUAUUGAGUACUACACACCCUGCCAACAAAGCCAGUUUAACGCUUUUUUGUCCUGAGGAAGGGGAUUGGAAAAAUUCAAACCUUGACAGGCACAAUCUUCAAGACUUCAUCAACAUUAAACUCAACUCUUCUUCUAUCUUGCCUGAAAUGGAAGGACUUUCUGAAUUUACAGAGUACUUGUCAGAAUCAGUGGAAGUGCCAUCGCCUUUUGAUAUUUUGGAGCCACCAACAUCAGGGGGUUUCCUGAAGCUUUCUAAGCCUUGCUGUUACAUUUUCCCAGGUGGAAGGGGAGACUCUGCAUUGUUUGCAGUUAAUGGAUUUAACAUGCUUAUUAAUGGAGGAUCAGAGAGAAAAUCUUGCUUCUGGAAACUCAUUCGACAUUUGGACAGAGUGGAUUCCAUUCUGCUCACACACAUCGGAGACGACAACCUUCCAGGAAUUAAUAGCAUGCUACAAAGGAAAAUAGCAGAAUUAGAAGAGGAGCAGUCCCAAGGUUCUACUACCAACAGUGACUGGAUGAAAAAUCUAAUAUCACCUGACCUGGGAGUUAUAUUUCUCAAUGUCCCUGACAGCCUGGGGAACCCUGAUCCAAAUUUUCGGUUAAAAAGAAGUGUGGAGGAAGCAUGUUUCACGCUACAGUAUUUAAAUAAGCUGUCUAUGAAACCGGAACCUCUAUUCAGAAAUGUAGGCAAUACCAUUGAUCCUAUCAUCCUUUUUCAAAAAAUGGGAGUAGGAAAGCUUGAAAUGUAUGUGCUCAACCCUGUCAAAAAUAGCAAAGAUAUAAAUUAUUUUAUGCACCAAUGGACUGGCACAAGUAAAGAUAAAGCUGAACUGGUGUUACCAAAUGGUCAAGAGAUAGACAUUCCCAUUUCCUACUUGACCUCGAUCUCAUCUUUGAUUGUAUGGCAUCCCGCAAACCCUGCUGAGAAAAUAAUACGAGUUCUUUUCCCAGGAAACAGUACUCAGUAUAGCAUACUAGAUGGACUAGAAAAACUCAAACAUUUAGACUUCCUUAAGCAACCAACAGUUACACAGAAGGACCUAACUGGUAACUUGACUAGUCCAGCAGUAAAGCAAGCAAAACUUAAGCAGCGAACAGACAGUAAGGAAAGUCUGAAACCUGCCACAAAAUUACUGUCUAGCAAGACAGUCAGAAAAGAAUCACGAGAAGAGGCAACUGAAACAGGAAAAACUAGCCCACCUGAAAAGGCUGAAAAAGUAGAAAGUAAAGAAAAACCCAUAGUUAAAAAAGAUAAAUUGGCAAAAACUGAGACAAGGCUUUCUGUGGCAGAAAAAGAUCUGUCAGCUAAGGAACAGCAGCUUGUGAAAUCUGAAGCUGCUGAAAAACAAGCAGCAGAUGUCAAACCAAAAGUAAUAAAGGAGAAGCAUGUGAGAAAGGAAGUGAAAGUAAAAUCUGAAGAAAAGCAGGAGGAGAAAAUCAAACCAAAGAAAGAGGUAUCUAAGAGAGAAGAAAAAAUGCCUGCUAAAAGGGAGGAAAAGUCUAAAAAGGAAGAUGUCAAGAAAGAUGUGAAAAAAGAAUCUAAAAAAGAAUCAAAGAGAGACAUUCCCCCUAAAGAAGCUAAAAAAGAAGAGAAAAAGGAAAUUAAAAAGGAAGAAAAGGAAUCCAAGAAAGACUCCAAGAAGCUUCUUAAAGAAACAAAGAAAACAUCUGCUUCUUUGCCUGACUCAAAAAAGACUGCAACAAAGCCCAAGACACAAAAGAAGGAAGAGUCUGUUAAAAAAGAAAGUGGAAUUCUUGGGAAACCAAAGGAAAAAGUUAAAAGCAAGCCAGUGAAGAAAGAGACAAAGGUUACUGAAACACCAGUUGCAAUGGCGGCUUUGGGAGCUGUCACUGCAGCAGUAGCAGCUGUAGGUGUAGCAGCUACUGGAAAAGAACUUGAGGCUGAGAGAUCACUUAUGUCUUCACCAGAGGAUUUAACAAAAGAUUUUGAAGAGUUAAAGGCUGAAGAAGUUGAAGUUGUGAAAGAAUCAAAGCUUCAGGUAGACAUAAUAGAAAAUGAAGGGAAAUUAACUGAUAUAGAACAAAAAGAGGAUUAUGAAGUUCACAAAGAAAAAACAGAAGGGCCAGCAGAUUCUCCAGACGAGGGAAUAACUACCACUGAACCUGAGGGAGAAUGUGAACAAACUCCCGAGGAACUGGAGCCUGUAGAAAAGGACAAGGUUGAUGACAAUGAAAAGUUUGAAGAUGAAGGAACAGGUUUGGAAGAAUCUUCUGAGGCUGGUGACUAUGAAGAAAAGGCUGAGACUGAGGAAGCCGAACAGCAAGGUGAGGAAGAAGAGGCACUGCUGGGCAUCAAAAAGCAAGGCACAAAGGAUAUAGUAGAAACUCAGGAAACUGAAAAAGCAGUUACUGGAGUUCAUGGGUAUGAAAAAAUGAAAGCUCUAAAGUACGAUGAAAAGGCAGAAUUUAGAAUGGAAGGUGAAGAGCACAAUAAAGAAAAUGCAGAUGAAGCAUUUGAAAAAGCAGAAACAGAAGAGACUGAGGAGGAAGUUGAGGAAGAAGACAAAACCGAGGAUGUCAGAGAUGAGGAAGAGGAAACCGAAAAAAUAGAGGCUGAAGAAGAUUAUGUUAUGGCUGUGGUGGAUAAAGCUGCAGAAGCUGGGGAGAUUGAUGAUAAAUAUGGCUUGCAUAUAACCACUCCAACAAAGCAAUCAGAACCUCAGUCUCCAGCUAAGGAACCAGCAUCUUCCAUUCAUGAUGAAACUUUACCUGGUGGUUCAGAAAGUGAAGCAACCGUUUCAGAUGAAGAAAACAGAGAAGACCAGCCUGAAGAAUUCACUGCAACUUCAGGUUACACACAGUCAACUAUUGAAAUAUCCAGUGAGCCAACUCCAAUGGACGAAAUGUCAACUCCAAGGGAUGUGAUGAGUGAUGAAACUAAUAAUGAAGAAAGUGAAUCGCCUUCCCAAGAAUAUGUUAACAUUACUAAGUAUGAGUCGGCAUCAUACUCUCAAGAGUUCACUAGGCCUAAACUUUCUCCACUGCCUGAUGCUUUCAAUGGGUUAUCUGAAUGCUCUAAAACAGAUGCCACCGAAGGAAAAGACUACAAUGUUUCAGCUUCUACCAUUUCACCACCUUCUUCCCUAGAGGAAGACAAAUUCAGCAAAUCUUCCUUACAAGAUGCGUAUAACCAACGAGAAGACAAAGUUAAAAGUACAAAUAAAUUAGAAAUUUCAGAAGUUUUAGAUGAGAAGCAUAGCCCAACUAGAAGUCCAGAUGAAAGUCCAACCCCUCUAUCACCUGUUGCUAAAACACCUCUCAGUGAACGUUGUGUGAACUUUUCUCUGACGCCUAAUGAGAUUACGGUGGCAACUGAAACUGCAGCUCUUACCGCACUGCCUGAUAAGCAUCACGAAAUCCAUGAAGAGCAGUGCCCCAGUCCUGAUGAUAAAACAUUAGAAGUGGUAUCUCCUUCACAAUCAGCUGUUGGUAGUGCUGGUCAUACACCCUAUUAUCAGUCUCCUACAGAUGAAAAGUCAAAUAAUCUGCCAUCUGAAAUGCCUGUAAAAGCAUCAGAAGCACCAAUAUGCUUUGAAGUUAGUGAUGCCAAAGAUGAUAUUGCAAAACACAGGAUAAGUCCAAUGGAUGAACCAGUGCCUGACUCUGAAUCACCUUUUGAAAAAGUGCUUUCCCCUUUGCGAAGCCCACCACUGAUCGGUUCAGAGUCUCCAUAUGAUAUAUUUUUGAGUGCUGAUGUAAAAUCUCCAGCCAGAGAAACUGGAAGUCCUUUUGAAAAAAAAAGUGAAACAGAUGGGUCUCCUUUGCAGAAGAGCCCAGUUUCUGAAAUUAGUUCUAUGAGUGUUUUCCAGGAAAAGCAAGUGGAAAAAGAGAUGCAGGUUAUACCAUCAAAAUCAGAUUUUGACCUAGAAAAGAAAAAAGAUUAUUUAGAAUCUUCAGAAACUCAGUCUGCAUUGGUUUUGGAUGAAAGGAAGCUAGGAGAUAUUUCUCCUACACAGGUAGAUAUUAGUCAUUUCAGCUGCUUCAAAGAAGACACCAAAAUGUCAAUUUCAGAAGGUACAGUCUCUGAUAAGUCUGCUACACCUGUCGAUGAAGUUGUUGCAGAAGACACUUAUUCGCAUAUUGAAGGAGUGGCAUCUGUUUCCACAGCAUCAGUUGCUACUAGUUCAUUUCCAGAACCAACUACUGAUGAUGUAUCUCCUUCACUGCAUGCUGAGGUAGGAUCUCCUCAUUCUACUGAAGUAGAUGAUUCUCUUUCUGUAUCUGUUGUACAAACACCAACAACAUUUCAGGAAACCGAAAUGUCUCCAUCUAAAGAAGAGUGCCCAAGACCUAUGUCCAUUUCUCCUCCAGACUUCUCCCCUAAAACAGCAAAAUCAAGGACGCCUAUACAAGAUCAUAGGUCCCCUGAACAAUCUACGAUGUCAGUAGAAUUCGGUCAAGAUUCUCCUGAGCAGUCUUUGGCGAUGGACUUCAGCAGACAGUCUCCUGAACAUCCCACAAUGGGUGCUGCAAUGCAUCAUAUAUCUGAAAAUGGACCAACUGAAGUAGAUUUUAGCCCAUCAGACAUACAGGAUCACUCUUUCCCACAUAAAAUAUCACCCACAGAGCAAGCAAGUUAUGGCCAUGAAAAAGAUAUUUCAGAAAUUAUUUCUGUAUCUCAGAUAGAAGCUUCACCCUCUUCUUCCUCUGCUCAUACACCGUCACAGGCAAGUUCUCCACUGCAGGAAGAAAGUGUUUCAGGCAUUACACAGCCAUGUGAAAUGCCACUGCACUCUGCGUUCCCAUUAGAAAAAGUGCACAGCUUGGGAGAAAAACUUUCACCAAAGUCUGACUUAUCUUCAUUAACCCCACGGGAAUCAUCUCCUCUAUACUCACCUAGUUUCUCAGAUUCCCCUCCUGUGAUGAAAGAAACUGCUGCUUGCUAUUCACCUUCAUUAUCAUUGCAUAUGUCCCCAGAUAAAUCAUUAGGCUAUCAUACCUCAGUAGUUCAAGAUCCUCUAAUGGACCAUAGUCAAGAGUUCUUAGCCUGUUCAGAACAGGAAUAUGUUAAGAAAAUAGCCAUGUCACCUGAGGCUCUUAGUUACUCUUAUGACACAACUGGAAAAACCACCAGAUCACCUGAGGCUAUUAACUAUUCCUAUGAGAAAACAGAAAAAGUCAGUGGAUCCCCUGAAGCCCUUGACUAUUCCUAUGUAACAUCUGGGAAAAUCACAAGAACACCAGAGGAUGAUAGUUACUUCUAUGAAAAAAACGAAAAAGCUAUCAAGUCACCAGAACCCUUUGAUUAUUCCUUUGAGAAAACCACUAGAUCUUCCGAGACUGUCAGUUACUCUUAUGAAACCACUGGAAGAAGCAGCAAAUCACCCGAGACUGUCACAUAUUCAUAUGAAAUGUCUGGGAAGACCACCAGAUCACCUGACACUGCUACUUACCACUACGAGACUGAUAGGUACUUUGUUUCUGAAAAACCAGAAACCCGUCAAGAUGUCGAUUUAUGCUUGGUUUCUUCCUGUGAAUACAAGCAUCCCAAGACAGAGCUUUCACCUUCCUUUAUCAAUCCUAAUCCCUUAGAGUGGUUUGCAAGUGAAGAGCAGUCUCAAGAACAAGAGAAGCCAUUAACUCAGUCUGGAGGUGCACAACCCCCUUCAGGAGGGAAGCAGCCAACACGCCUGUGUGGUGAAACUCCUCCAACCUCAGUCAGUGAAUCUGCUCCAUCACAGACCGACUCAGAUGUACCUCCUGAAACGGAAGAGUGCCCUUCUAUUACAGCAGAUGCUAAUAUUGACUCUGAAGAUGAAUCGGAAACUAUUCCAACAGAUAAAACAAUUACAUAUGAACAUAUAGAUCCUCCUCCAGUCCCACUGCAAGAUCGCAGCCCUUCACCACGGCACCCUGAUGUCUCAAUGGUAGAUCCAGAAGCAUUGCCUAUUGAUCAGAACUUAAGUAAACCUCUGAGGAAAGAUCUGAAAGAGAAGACAAAAACUAAGAAGCAGGGCACAAAGACCAAGUCUUCUUCUCCCUCCAAGAAGAGUGACAGCAAAUCAAAGCAGAUUGCUUCACCAAAGCCUGGUGGGUUGAAGGAAUCAUUGGAUAAAGUUUCCAGAACAGCUUCUCCAAAGAAGAAGGAAUCUGUGGAGAAAGCUGCCAAAAACAUCUCCACUCCAGAAAUAAAAUCUUCUCGUACUGAGGAAAAAGACAAGGAAACUAAGAAUAUAACCAACACUACUGCAUCAAAGUCUGCAAAGACUGCAACUGCAGGACCUGGAAAUGGAAAGCCAACAAAGUCUAUAGCUGUGCCUCCAGGACCUCCGGUGUAUUUGGAUCUGGUCUAUAUUCCCAACCAUAGCAAUAGCAAGAAUGUUGAUGUAGAAUUUUUCAAGAGGGUGAGGUCCUCCUACUAUGUAGUGAGUGGGAACGACCCUACAGCUGAAGAACCAAGCAGGGCUGUCUUGGACUCCCUGUUGGAGGGCAAAGCUCAGUGGGGAAGCAACAUGCAGGUGACCUUAAUUCCAACCCAUGACUCAGAGGUGAUGAGGGAAUGGUAUCAAGAGACCCAUGAGAAACAACAGGACCUUAACAUCAUGGUUUUGGCAAGCAGCAGCACUGUUGUUAUGCAAGACGAAUCUUUCCCUGCAUGCAAGAUUGAACUGUAAAAAAAAAAAGCAAUGCAUCGCAACCUUAAACUUUGUUUCCAGAAAUUCUUCAAUUUGAAAACACCUUUUCUAAAAAUGUAAUCCAUCUAACUCAGCUGCUGAACUAUAUAUAUAUAUAUAUACCUGCCAAAUGCUAUACUGUAUCACAGUGAUGCAAGUCACUAAUCUUUUUUCAGUCUUUGCUGAUUGCUAAGGGAAAUGACAGUAUUCCCACCGUAGGGUUCAAAUUACUGCAAAAACUGCAGAUCCAGGUUCAUCUCCACUGAAUACUUGGAAACCAUGCACUAGAAAACACUGCUGACUUCUGCCAGGUAGGGGCAUUUGCCCUUGAUAGAAACACUGGGAGAGAAAGUGUGUGAGUGAGAGAGAGGUAGAGGAGAAUAAAAUAAUCAGUUCUGCAUUACAGUCAAAGCAGCAAUCCGUAGUAUUGCCUCCUGUAGUCUGCCAUCAUGUAAAAAGAAAGAUUAAUGGUUGCAUCCGUUUGAGUUCUCACAAGAGCGGGAAUUUUUAGUUUAGUAACAAAUUAGCUAGAAAAUUAAGUGAAACUGAGCGUGGCUUUGAAGGGACAUAAUCCAGAACACACACUUGCCAUAAGCAACUUCACUUUUAACGCUUCAUUCUCGGGUAACAUAAUUCUCUUAGGCAAUAUAUGCAAGUAGUUUGAACCCCAUUCAGUACUAUACACUUGUUUCCUUUUAACAUGCAAAUAUUUGCUCUAAGGCAUGCUCCCAGUGAAAA